GUUUUAAAUAAUUUGUGACAAAAAAUGGCUCGCGGACACCAAAAGAUUCAAUCGCAGAAAAAAAAUCAAGAAAAACAAGCGAAACUCAAGAAUAAAACUGACCACAAGAGCGCAGCAAAGGCAGCGUUGAUUCACACUUGCCCUGUGUGUCGAAGCCAAAUGCCGGAUCCAAAAACAUUCAAGCAGCAUUUCGAGAGCAAACAUCCCAAGUCACCUUUACCAGAAGUACUUAAAGACGCAUAAUAGAUAUCUUAUGAUAUGGUGGGGGUUUUAAUCAUAGAGAUUUAUUUCAAAACCAUAAAAAUAACAAAGGUACAAGAAGCUAUUGAAAUUUUAAUUUAUGAGAAAUUCUUCGAAUGCUGCGUUUUGUAAAUAUGUUUUCUAUUGUCAACUAUAUGUACAAACUACUGUGUAUUCCUUUUCAAUAAAAGCUUGUGUUUGAAAUAAAAUAUCGACAAAA